GGGGGCGGGGCAUAAUCCAGAGGUGACCAGGCUGAGAAGGCAGUUCUGGAGAGGAGGCCUCAGUUCUGAGAAAUGGCUUCCUUCGGGUGGAAGAGGAAGAUUGGGGAGAAAGUAUCAAAGGUAACAUCACAGAAAUUUGAAGCUCAGGCAGCAGAUGAGCAGGGCCUUGAUGGUGAUGAGGCUGACUGGCUGCCGGAGGCAAAAAAGAAAAAGGGACUUCUCCUGGAAGACUGUUUGGCAAAAAGUAAACAGCUGAAGGCGGAAGGAGCAGUUUUGGCAGAAAACGAAAGAUACCGGGAGGCUCUUCACAAAUGGGAUGAAGCCCUUCAGCUAACUCCGGAAGAUGCUGCCCUCUAUGAAAUGAAAUCACAGGUCCUGAUGUCUCUGCACGAAAUGUUCCCUGCAGUGAAUGCGGCAGAAAUGGCUGUCCAGAGAGAUCCCCAUUCUUGGGAGGCCUGGCAGACUUUGGGACGUGCUCAGCUUGGGUUAGGAGAAAUCACAUUGGCAAUCCGAAGCUUCCAGGUUGCCUUGCACAUCUGGCCAGUGAACCCUGAACUGUGGAACGAGGAUCUUUCUUGGGCAAAACAGCUGCACAAACAGCAAAAGAAGGUGACUCAGACUCAGGCAGUCCCCCAAGGAGCGGCAGCUCAGGGAGAGGCUUCCGAAGAAUCGAUCCCGGAUUACGAUUUUGAAAGUGACGAGAUUCUUGCUGUCUGUGCGGCCAUCGCCGAGAAGGAAAAGGACACAUCUGCCUCAAAAACUGUAGUGAUAGUGUCGGCCUCAGGGACCGUCGAGACGGUAACUGAAAAGGAGGACUGUGCGGCGCCUCCUGACGGUGCCGUUUUUAUCAAAGCCCGAUAA